AAUGAGUCGUAAAGAUUGUUUGGCAGUGAAGAUGGAGGGGAUAAAAACCCUACGUAGUUUCCUUUGUAAUUCACGAAUGAAUGGCAAAGCGAAUGAUUCAGAAAUCAAGGACGUGGGAUCUGCGGUUACUUUUCCACUGCAAAUUAGCAGCAAUAUACGUAUGUUUACAUUUUUAUAAACACUGGGACAUGAGUAAGUGUAUGUGCGCCGUAUCAAAUAAACUCCACAUAUAUUUAAUCUCUUUUGUGUUCGGCUGGUACAGAUCGUUUAUCUUUCGUUCAGUCAUUAGUACGUGGUAUGCAAACCGUCAGUGGUACUUGUUGCUGUGAACGUGUCAGCCACGUUAUGACACAAAUUGUUUAAAACGGGCUACAAAAGUUAUAUCUGUAACACAGGUUACUCCACAUCGAAGAUCAUUUCAAACUGAUCCAGCACAGACGGCCCUUCGCUGAUCGCUGUUCGUGCGGAUUCAAUAUUCAAAGAAAUGGCGGACACAGAAAUUACGGAUCCUGCAGUAAAAGGCCAUCGGCGGUUUUUCGUAUUGGGACCUCCAAUGACAUUAUUACUGUUCUCGCAAGCUUUGACAGGUACUGUGCUGACGGACUUGAUAGUGUAUCGAGCAUGUCUCUCUUCACCAAGUACAAAUCACACAGAGUGCAGUAUUCUUCGCACAAAUGCCAGUAGUUCUGAAGCAAUACACGUAGAGGCCGAAGUCGAAACUCAUGUAAGCAUGAUUGUGUUGGCAAAGUCUUUAAUCGAAAGUGUGCUACCAGCAAUACUUUCUCUAUUCCUUGGUCCUUGGAGUGAUCGAGCUGGAAGGAGACCGCUUUUGCUAUCCGGCGUUGCGGGUUUUACUAUAUUCUACAUAUCACUCGCUUUGAUGUGUAAUUGGAAUAUGAAUCCUUGGUAUUUCUUGAUUCCUUCGGUUCCGGCAUCUGCUUUGGGUGGAGUGAGUGCUGUGAUAAUAGCAUCGAUGUGUCAUAUCUCUGACACUUCUGGAGAAAAAGACAGAACUAUGCUUUUGGCUUGGUUGCAAGCCUCAGUUUUUAUUGGAGUUUUAUUUGGCAUCUUUACCGGACCUCUGAUUUAUAAAAUGAGUGGUUAUACUGCUGUAUUUAGUACAGCGGCGAUCUGCUGUACGAUGGCACUACUUUACAUUUACUUCCUUGUCGAAGAAACAGUACGAGAUACCUCCAAGGAAUCGAUACGUGGACUAUUCAAAAUCUCGUCUGUUCGAGAGCUUGUUGCAAGCGCUUUCGAGAAGCGAGAUGGCUUUUUUCGAACAGUCGUCUGGCUUGCAAUUUGCAUUCUUGCUCUGUCUGUAAUGGUUGUUGAAGGAGAAGUCAGCAUAGGUUUUCUGUUUACAAGAGAGCGACUGGGCUGGGAUGUUCAACGUUUUUCUUAUUUCAGUGGCACAGGUGUUCUAUUCAGUAUCCCAUGUAUGAUAUUCGGCGUUUCGUUGUUCAGUCGAGUUUUAGGUUUUUCAGAUACUUUAAUAACUGGCAUAGCACUCACAUCAUGCCUGGGUAGUGCACUUACAAAAGCCUUCGCAACAGAAGGUUGGCACAUGUAUCUCUCGGCGUGUAUUGGAUUUUUUAGUGGAGCAGCGGGACCAGUUAUGCGAUCUACUAUAUCAAAGUCUGUACCUGCUAAAGAUAUUGGAAAAGUAUUUUCACUCACCACGUCGCUGGAAACAUUGAGUCCGUUGGCUGGAGCUCCGCUGUACACCCUAAUUUAUUCCCAUUACUUACCACCGAUUUAUCCAGCACCUGUUUAUCUCCUUUCGGCAAGUUUUUUCUCACUACUGAUACUCCUGACAUUGUGUUUAGCAGUAAUAAACCGAAAUUCUCGCAAUAUGAAUUUCGCGCCCUUGGUCGAGGAGGAGUAAAGUUACAAUAAAUAGUAUACUGUGUUACAAUUGUGGAAAAUGGGCAAUUUCCAACGAGUGUGGAGUUUGCGGCGUGAGCCGCGAAGGCGACUGCUGUGGUCACACGAAUACGAAUACGAGGUAAGCGGU